AUGGGACAAUUGACAAAAGAAUCUAUUUUAAAACUCUAUCAAGAAUUCCGACAGGCACCAUCACAAUCAAUAUUUUCGGAUCAAUGCAUUUUAACCUAUGUAACAACUUGUAUACGUUUUUCUGGGAGUAAAAAUAUAUUAUUGCAACUUUCUGAAUAUCAAACUCAUAUUAAAUUAAAAGAAGAAAUAAUUAACCUACACGUAACAGGGAAUUCCAUAGUUUCUGAGGUGUUUUUAGAUAUUGAGUUUAUCAAUGGGCCAGCAUGGCUCGUUCCAGGACUUGACGACAAUUUUUACAUUGACCGUAAAGUUCAACUUCCACAUAUAUAUAUCAUGGAGUUCGAUGAAGAUGAAAAGAUAUCAUCUAUUCGUGUUUUCUGGGAUCAAGCAACUAUUCUUAAACAACUUGAAGUUUUUGGUAGCCGUAAACAAGCUUUUCCUAUUAAACUUGGUAAAGAACAACAUUAUUUCAUAAAGAAUAAAGAUAUAGACAGUUCCAAUUUGUCCUAUUCUAAAGAAAAACAACAGCAAGUAUCGAAAAAGUUAUCACUUUUUGAACCAUAUGAAGAGCCAUCUAGAGAAUUCCAUCGCAAUCCUGUUCGACCUCGUUCUCCAACUAGGCCAAUUCAACGUCCAUACGAAGAUCUUUUUGUUGUAAAAGGUACUCCUAUUUCAGUCAAACCUCCUAAGGCAUCUCAAAAAAUUCAUAAUGUAUCAAAAAUCAAUUCUAUUUUAUUUAAUGAACAUGAAGAAUCUAAUCAACAAAAAAGUAAUGAUUUAAAAAAAGAUCCUAAAUAUACACAUUUUGAAUUUAGUACUCCUACAGAAAAAGAACUUGAAGAAGAAAGGCUAGCAAUACUAGCUAAGGCAAAAAAAGGUGUAGCAUUGCGUACUAUGUCACGUAACUGGGAUGAAUUUGAAAAUACACCUGUUUCUCAAUGCAAACAAGACGCCUCUAAUCAAAUGCUGGAAAAUACAGAACUCGAUCAGGAGAAGUAUGUUCCAUUAAAUACUAGAUCUUAUCACGAAAAUCAACUUCAUUUUUCAUUUUCUAACGAUAGUCCAACUGAAAAUUCCCCCGUUCGCGUAAUUCAAAAUGAAAAAUAUUUCCAGCCAAAAUAUUCUAUAUUCGACUAUUCGUCUUCAGAGAAGGAUCAAGAUCAAAAUACAAAUAUUGAAAAAGCAGAUACUAUUACUAGACUAGAACGAGAUAUGAAUGCGAAAUGGUCUUUUGGUGAUUAUUGA